UCCAUCAGUAGGUGACUAUACACCUACUGUAUUGGACAACUGAGGCUGAUCUCCAUUUAAAGAUGGAUUUUCGGGGAAACUUUGAGCCCUUUUUUCCACCGCUGCCGCCCUCUGGACCUCGUCCCAUCAUGCCCAAGACUCGCAGGGGUCUGAAGGUGCUGAAACCGGAAUGGCUGGAGGACUCCUUCACAUAUGAGGAGUUCCUUUCCAGACCAUUUCCUCAGCACCCCGCUCCUCCACCUGGACCUCCGCCUGUCACUACCCAGCCAGACAUGGUGAAUAAAGAGCCGGCCUACUAUUCACCGGGUAGCAGGAUCCCGAUCCUAGACAGGCGGAGGAAGCAGAGGCCAGUCCUCGCUGUGGAGCAGCCUACAAUCAAUAUGGCUGCCCACAGCAUCCAGGACAAAGCUGCACAGGUGGAGAGAGCCCGCAGGAAGCCCAAAAUUGUCAGGGCAGCUCCUCAGGCUGUUGAGAGAGGUCAGGGACUGGAGCAGCCACCGGUGCUACCAGCCCUGACCCGGGAGGAGCCCCUCAACAGGCCUGGGGAAGCUCUCGGCCAGGCUCUGUGCCUGCUGCAGGACGAGGAAUGGGAAAGAAAAACCGAGGGACUGCGGCUGGUGCGAGCUCUGGCUCAACACCAUGCUGAUGUGGUGCUGCCGGAGCUCCACAGCGUCAGCACAGCUGUCAUUGAGGAGAUAAAAAACCUCAGGACAUUAGUCUCUCGGGACGCCAUUUACACCAUGGCUCACCUGUUCCAUCACCUGCAGCACAGUAUGGACAGCGAGGUCGAGGGCGCCGCUCGCACCCUCCUGCACAAGGCUGGUGAGGCCAGUCUGUUUAUUAAGGAGGGUGUGGAGCUCGCCCUCAGCAUGAUGGUGCACUCCUGUUCGCCUGGCCGAGUCCUGCGCGGGCUGCUGGCCGGUGGAUUCAGACACAGAAACCCUGCCACCAGGGCAGCCACUGCACUAUGCCUAAAUAGGCUAGUGCAUGUGAUGGGGGCAUCCCGUGUGCUGAAGGGCAGGACAUUUACCAGCAAGAUCCUUCCUGCCAUCAGCACACUGGCGUUCGACGCUGCCCAGGAAGUGAGGACUCCUGCCCGAGCCGCCUUACGGUUUUUGGGCGGGCACAGAGAGGCUGCGGCAGCGGUGGAAAAAUUUGUUUCCAUUAGAGAUCAGGCCUCAGUUAAACAAUUACUUGUACAUUAAUCAAAUCAAAUUAAUCAGUUGUACAGUUUUUGUAUAUAGUUUAGAUGUAUUCGGUGUUCAGCUGUUCAGAGUGGGUUUGGGGUGAAAUCUCUGUUCUAGAGAAGCUUACAGAGUCAGAGCUGUUCACAGUGGUGGAGACAGGAACCACAUCUGAAGAGGUGGUCGAGGCAGGGACUCCACUUUCUUACCAGAGGUGGGGUCUCUGCUUGGCGGGAAACGCACCGGCCCUGUGGCAUCAGGACAUCCCAGUCA